CAAGUCCUUUAGAUCCUUCUGUCAUAUUUGCAUAAGUGUCUCAGUUUCUCCUUAUUUGAUAGGCGAGUCUGGUUACUAAAAAGUUUUUGUAACAUCUUUGAACCAUUUUGUAAAAAUUAACCCACGUGCAGCAUGAAGUGUCAAGAAGAAUAACUUUGAAAACAAUAUUCUAAGUUAUCCUGAAUGCUGGAGUAGAAUCUCUACAUUUAUCCGAACUAAAAAUGUCAAGCAGAGCUUGCCAAAAUUGUGGUGGGACAGACAUUGAUGUCGAUCAAUCGAGAGGCAUCGCAGUUUGUACAAACUGUGGUGUGGUCCUUGAAGAAAAUUGCAUUGUUUCUGAAGUGCAAUUUGAAGAAAAUGCUUAUGGAGGUGCAUCAGCCAUUGGACAGUUUGUAUCAAAUGAUAAUCAAGGAGGCACAGGAUUUAUCAACAGCUACCGUGGAGGAAAUGGGAAACAAUCAAGAGAAAUAACUAUGAAGAGGGCCAGGGAGAAAAUAACAACUAUGGGACAACAAUUAAACCUCAACCAACACUGUAUAGAUAUGGCUGUAAACUUUUAUGGUAUGGCUCUGGCUCGUCGUUUGACAAAUGGAAGAAAGUCUUCUCAUGUUGUGGCUGCAUGCAUAUAUAUAACUUGCCGAAUGGAAGGGACUGCCCAUCUUCUGAUAGAUAUUGCAGAUGUUAUAGAUAUUGACGUUUACACACUUGGCCAUAAUUUCAUGCAAAUUGCGAAAGCAUUUAACUUAAAUAUUCCAUCAGUUGAUCCUUGCCUGUACGUCAUGCGUUAUGCUAAUCGAAUGAAUUUCGGUGAUAAAACACACGAGGUGUCCAGGACUGCCUUACGUCUUGUACAGCGGAUGAAACGUGAUUGGAUUCACACUGGGCGACGGCCUUCUGGUCUUUGCGGAGCGGCAUUACUGAUUGCUGCUCGAAUUCACGGCUUUAAUCGAACAGUGCUCGAUGUUAUCAAAGAAGUCAAGGUCCACGAGAACACCGUACGCAAACGCAUGCAAGAGUUUGGCGAAACCGCUUCAAGUAGUCUGACCUUAGAAGAGUUCAUGCAAGUAGAUCUGGAAGAAGAGCAUGAUCCUCCAGCCUUUCUUAAAUCGCGUAAGAAAGACAGAAGUGACAAAGUCGAAGAAGAGGCGACGGAAGAAAUGGUUAAGCUAGAGGAAGAGAUUAAUCGGCAGAUUGCUUUGAGUCUGGCAAAGAAACGAGGACCUUGGGCGAAAUAUUCAAAAGAGGCGCUUCAACAGCCAGUCUCUCCUGCUUCGUGUACCAGUGGAAUAAGUAGUCCAUCCGCGGACCCUGAGGUGGAUGACGUUAUUGCAGACAUGACAAUGACAGCCGUCAAGGAAUGUCUGACUCCCACUGAAGUGGCCGCCGUAGAGGCGAACACCUUACCCACUGCCGGUACAACUGAUCCCGGGGCAGACGAGUCUGCUUUAAUGCCUCCUCCUGGUGCCACAUAUCUGCAACUGCGACAUCAUACCGUUGUCAUUAAUUUAAGAAAUUCGCGUCGUCAGCAGCAAAUAAUUUUGUUUAUGCCUUUGUUGAAGGAAUAUACUAUUAGGCAGAUGAUGAAUCUUCUUCAAUACGUAAGUCAAGGCAGUAAAAAGAUUAGGCUGAAAUUAACUUCCUUCAUGGAAGAUUUAAAUUUGAAUCUUUGAUAAAGAUCUUUGUUAUGAUUCAAGUGAUGAAAUUUUUGUAAAUUGAGAAAUAUACAUGACAUUCCAUUA